UUUGGCUGUGUUAUUCAGCUUCUCUGAAGCAUACUUAUGAAGUCUCUUUCUUAAUGUUGUGCAGGCUUGCAGGACUUGCUUUUAUGUUUUCAGCGAGCAUCUUGCUACAGGUUCUGGCUUGUGCAUUAUACAACAAUUGGUGGCCUAUGUUGUCUGCUCUCAUGUACGUCCUGGUACCGAUGCCUUGUCUAUUCUUUGGUGGUGGUUCUACUCAGGUUUUAUUUACGAGGGAGAGUGAUGGGUGGAUAAAUGCUGCUAAGUUUUUGACUGGGGCAUCAACUGUGGGGAGCCUAGCCAUUCCUAUAAUUCUUAGGCACGCUCAUAUGAUUGAGACAUCUGCUAUGUGGAUCGAAUUCGUAUCAUUCUUCAUAUUUGUGUGCACUGUCAUGUGUUUCCAUCGUGCCAGCCUCGAAGACGAGUGGUGAUGACAUAAACACAUCCAAGGUUUUACACUGGCUGGCAAUAACUGGGGCCAACAGCAAUGUAGUCCACGUGUCUAACAACUGCAAGAAGUAUGAUCUGCAUACAAUGGGAAAGCAAUAGAACUUCCCCUUUUGUAAAUCUGUUUAUGUAUAUGUUCAAAGGCAUUUUGACUAAUUUGUCCGUUCACUAGAUUUGGGAACAGCAUUAGGUUCUUGUUUAUUGUGGGAUUCAGUGUGUAUUAUAUAGUUUAGCUUUGGAAGUAACUAUUCAUACAAUGUGUAUCAUAUAUAACAUAAUUUACCAAAGCAUUAUGUAAUAUCUAUUUGGAAAUUAAGAA